AUGAAAAAAAUCCGAGAAGGACAAUUUGGAGAUUUUUAUACUUUUUGGAGAAAGAUACCUCUGGCCCAUUGCAACAGAGGCAGAGUUGAGCCCGCGAAUAUUAAUACAGACCAAUUGGCAAGUUUAACGGCCAACCUCGGUACGCGAAGGAGGCAUUCGUGGUUGGCGCGGCUGCCAAAACUGAACAGACUCGGCAAAACAGUCAGUUCGCAUCAAGUGCGCAGCAAAACUUCGCCAACUCAGCCUGUCGUGUUCACGCCUCCUAUUGGCUCCGUCGAUGCUCCGUCUGGACUUGGGGCUGGAAAUCACCGAGUCGGCUCAAAGUGCAUUUGGGCGAGUAGUGAAAAAUCGAUCGGCAGACAAAAGGCAGUCUUCGACACACACAGACACACACACACUCACCGAUCAUGCAGUCGACUCAGGCCAACGAUGAGUCCAGUUCUGUGUGCAUUGCGCUUGCUGUCUUCCACCUGCCGCCUGCCACCUUCCGCAGCGCUGGACAGAAGGAUGAGUCAUCCGAGUGAAAAUGCCGGACUGACGAGCUUCUCGAGACUGAGCCGAGUGGCUGUGAUCGAUCGGCUGAAUUAA